CUCGCGAGAUCAGAAAUGGCGGACAAGAUUUUGAAAUUUGAAAAUAUUUAUGUUAUAUGGCAUAUAAUUCAUUAAUCCGUGGUGCAAUAUAGUUGAUAUCCAUACGAUAGUUAUAAACUAUGUAAACCUUUGAUAUAAAUCAAGUAUGAGCUAUUUUAGUGCAUUUAACUCGCCAAAAAGGAAGGAGUCAAUAUGUCAGCAUCCUCCACCGCAACGACAUAUCGUCACCUAUGCCACAGCUGGACUACAAAGUCUAAUUGAUAAAGUUACAAAAUCAAAGACAGAGAUCCUAAAACAAAAUGCAGGCAUAUGUGAAACAUCACUUGAUAACACAGAUGACUGUUUUACGAAUAUAGAGGGACAGUUCCAGCCAACAAAGGACAUGCCAUUGAUGGCCAGUCGAUACAAAUUUAUAGAAUGCAUAGGGAGAGGACAGUCUUCAGUGCUGGUCAAAGCUCUUGAUACAUUUAACCAAUACAAGGCUGUUUCCAUCAAAGUUCUACACCUGAACUACAACUGUAUAGGACCUCAGGAAGUUGCACUGAUUCGAGACCUGAACAGGGCAGAUGCUUAUGGUGGAUCCUGUACAGUCAGGUUACUAAAUACAUUUACAUUUGACGAUCACUACUGCGUUGUGUUUGAGUACCUGCAACCUGCCAUGUUGACCAAAUACUUCAAACAUCUUGACAGAAAUCAGAAAUUAACAAAGAUACGACAAGUUGCCAUCCGACUUUUGACGGUGCUUGGCUUUCUUCAGCGCCAGAAUGUCAUUCACGCAGAUUUGAAACCUGAAAAUAUCCUACUAGCCAAAGAGGGAGACAUGUCUUCAUUGCGGGUGAUUGAUUUUGGCAAUGCAAUCCACUAUGUCCACAACGAGGUGUCUCUUUAUUACGAGGAUUAUGAGCUGCAAACCCUGCUAUAUAGAGCCCCCGAGGUUAUCUAUGGGAUGCCAUUUGGUACAGAGGUUGAUUUGUGGUCACUUGGAUGUGUACUAGCAGAACUAUUCUUUGGAAGACCAUUGUUUUAUGGAAAGGAUAAACCAGGGAUUCUUAAAGAGAUGACCAAGAUCUUGGGGCCAUUACCAACUGAUGUUUAUCAAAGAGGCAAAUAUUUCACUGAACUUGAAGAUUUCUGCACCAAAUCUAAACAGAUUGAUGGCACACUCUCCUUGCAAAAAACCAUGACAGAGAAAUCAGACUCUAGCAUUAUUUACAAAAACUGGAAUUCACGUUCAGAGAGAUCUGUCCAUCUUCCGCUACCUGGCCACUACCAGUUUGCAGACUUCCUGUCAAGACUUUUGCGAUAUGACCCCCGAGAGAGGAUGACGCCAGCGGAGGCAUUCCAGCAUCCAUUCCUCGUACCAGAGAUGGCUUUCCUCUACAGCAUGCCUAAUAUUGAUGGGUCGAUGGACAAGUACAAUAACAUUGCAGUGCGUGCGACAACAUACGCUUCACUGGAUGGUCCUUAUAUAGACAAGAACCACAAGCAACUGUUCAGGACCUCCAGGGAACUUCUCAAACAUGGUACAGGAAGCAGACCAGAACCUUUAAAGCCAGUUGCCCAGGUGAUGCCUGUCAAGAGAGAAACAACAAGCCCACAACCUGAAGAGGAAACAAACAACCCAGAUACAGCACUGAGAUCAAGUUAUAGACAAGAAAGUUACAAUUUUAAUGAGGAUUCAAGUGAAUAUAGAAACCACAGAGAUCCAAGAACUUCUGACUCAAGGACUGGAAUACUUAAGACAUCAAACAAUUUACAUUUCGGAACUGACACUAUAGAUUUUGGUUCUGAGGCUAUUCAAUUAUCAAAAAUGGAAAGUCAAAGUUCUUUAAACAUAGAAAGACAGAGUGCAUUUAAGCCAUAUGGUGAAUGUAGUAAUGCAACAAAUAGUGAGGGCAUGUCUAGCAGGUCUAGAGAACAUGCUGAAUUCAAUGUGGAAAUAGGAGAUGUAAGGACUGACAGUAAAAUGUGGACUAAUGAGAGAAGAAAGGCAACUGGUCAAGUAAUUCAAAGUGAAAGGAAUCAAAAUCAAAGAACUAACAGAAAUAAUAGAAAAAACUUAAACAGUGAAAAUGAUGGACAUCUUAGUCCUAAUUUAGUUGAGGAGAAUUGUAGGAGAGACGAUAAAAGAGUUGAAAAUGUAACAUAUGACACUAACCUUGAUAGAGGACAUAACAAAACAAGACACUCUAAAGGAAGGAUUGGUGUCUAUAAAGGUCCCAGGAGGCAUAGUAAUGAAGAAACUACUACAGGCUCAGGACCAGGAGGCAAUGUAAAUAGUAGCACAAUAUCAAAUGAAGAAGAUGAACAAAUGUUGUCAGGUCAAACAGUCUAUACCAAGACUAAGAGUAACAGCACUAAUUCUGCACUGAGCAGCACUAAUGCGGCACUGAACAGCACUAAUGAUGCACUAAACAGCACUAAUGAUACACUGAACAGCAGUAGCAAUGCAGCAAUGAUAGAAAUACAGCGUCACAGUAAAAAUGUGAUCUCGAAUAUAAUGGACUCUAGGAAUAAUAGCAAUAUUAAAACUGAAACUUCCUGCUUUGAUAACAGGACUAGAAUUUCUAGGACUAUGACUACUAGUGAUAAAUGUCCUAGGUCAGCUGAUCCUGUGAAAGAACUGUCUACUGCUCAAUUUCAAAGGAAGAAACAACCUUCUGGUCAACAGCAAAGGACCAAACAACGUCCUUCUGAACAGCAGUUGAGCAAUCAACCCCUUGCCCUUACUCAGGACAGUGUGUCAAGUGUAAAAAAUACUCAACUCAGUCUCAAAGAUCUCAAAUCAAAGAUUGAUAAAGAAAUGUCAAACUUAACUGCAAAAGAAAAUAAUCACACAAAUCUCAAAACAGAAAAAUCAAUAUCUCAGAAGCCUAAAAUAGCUCCCUCUCAAGUUAGACCUGGUCAUACUGAACCUCCAGAUAUUGAGACCAGCAAGGACAAUAAUAUAAAACCAAAGAAGUCAAGAAUGGACAAAAUUAUUGACCAACAAUAUGAAAAACUGAUUAAAACUUCACAUCCAUCUGAUACCGUGAUACUUUUUCCAAAUGAGAAUAUUGGUGAAUCAAGCGAAAUGUCAAGCAAACCUACACAAGGGAGAGAUGAUAAGGAACUGAACCAGGAUGAUGAUGCUAGUGAAGAAAAUGAUGAUACUGAUCGAGACCAGAGUUCAUAUGUUGAUGAUACACUUCAUUCUCAGCUAGAUGAGUACCCACUUGGAAUUUCAGACAAUAGCGACUUCAACGAGUUCUAUUCUAGCCCUGAACCUGUAUACCAACAGACAGAUUCUAAUGGGAGUUCACCUUGUGAUGGACCCUACCAAGAGGAGGAAUCGGGUUUAGUUUUAGGCCCAUCUCCGAGUCACAAAUUCAUGAAAUCUGAACACUUUCCAGUUGAGGAUUCGGGAGCAAGUAACAGUACCCCAGUUCAUGAUCAGAAUAGAAAACAUGUAGUCUUAAAAGCAGAACUCAAAUUAGCUAAACAGGUGCAUGUUGACCAUCAUGAUAUGAAGGCUAUUACACUAAAAAAUGCUGCUCAAUCUAAAGUGCCUAGACUUCCUGAAGUGUCCAAAGUACCUGGAAUUCCUAAGAUGAAACCAGGUGUACAAAAAUCCAUUGCGUCUGAAUUUGAGGAUGAUGAUGAAAUUAAUGAUGGUAGUAUUGACAGUGAAGAUAGUAAUGAUACAAUUGUUCAGCUCAUCACGCCAGUUAGAGAUAUCAUUAAACAUGGCAGGAAUCUUCAAACAAAAAUAGUUACAAACACAGAGCUGGACUCUAUACAACAAAAAGAGGUCAGUCCAAAAUCUAUACAAGACAGCCUAAAGUUGGUUGCAUCAACUACAUCUAAACAAACUGUUAAACCUGGUAGACAGUCAAAACUGUUUGAUGUUCAACCUCAAACUGAAACUGAUAUCAAAAAUGUUGAUUUAAAUAUUUUUGAUUUGGUUGAUUCAGAAAAUGAUCUCAUGGAUUUAUCCCCAAUUGCCAAAGUAAAGCACGCAGAGUAUGGUUUUGAGGUUGCGACACCUAACAUAUUCUACGAAUCGGAAACAACACCAGGUGCAACUGAUAUAAAGGAAAAAGUUAAAUCUCCAAAUAUUGUAAAGCAAAACAUUGAAAUUGGUCCAAAAAGAAACAGCAUUCUUUCAGUGACAAAUGAAAAAAUAAUAAAAAGAAAAUUGAAGCACAGAACUGAAAUAAAUUCCAAGAGACAAAAGAAUGAUAAUCAGAGUCCAGAUUUAAAAAGGGCCUCUAGAAAUGACUCCAUUAAUUUCAUAUCACCUCUAAAAUCAAGUGAAAUACCUUUAAAAAGGCCUUCUAGUGCAAGGAAAGCUAAAACUAUUGGGAUGGAAGAAUCAAAGAAACAAAUGAAAUUCUUAAAUAUGUCCCAGAAAAACAUUACAUCCAUGUAUAGGGGACACAAACUACAGAGAUCUAAACAUUUAAAGCAGAAAAAAUUAUUCAGUGAUGCUGGUGAAUAUGACAAAAACCCACAGAAGGAUAUUGACAAAGUUGGUCACUACAAAACUGACACUGAGGAAGAAAUUAUUAAUCUUCUUUAACAAGAGCGGUGUAAUUUUUUAUUUCAUAAUUAUUCCAAUGAACGAAGUUCAGUAGGGAUAGAUUGAAGCUAGUAGAUAUAUUUUCUUCAUACUUGGUGGAGAGAAGCAUAUUGGUGAAAAUGUUUACACAAUGUUCAAGAUAGCCGCCUCUUU